UAGAUGCUCCAAUUUAUUUUAUGAUUUCUCGACAGCAUAUACAUGUCAUUUCUUGACCUCUCCGACCUGCCCCGACACUACAUAUACCCUUUUCGCAGCGUUCAAACAACGGAAAAAGAAAAAAAAAAAUUGCAAUCCAAUUCUUGACCUUGAACGUUGAAUAUUAAGCCCAAGAAAGAUACCUUUUCUUUCUCCAUCACUAUACGUAUGAAUAUGGAACAAUUCAAGUAAAUGAUGUUGGGUCAUGAAAUUCCCCUCUCUCUAGAAACCAAACCUCUCGAUCUGUUUUGUCUCUCAUGUUGGAGAUGGAGGAGGAGGAGUUCUUGACCCUCAGACUCUCCAUAGCCCCGGCCCACGAUCACAACCGCGAGGGGAAGAGGAAAAGGAACAUAAUAGAAAUAUCAAACUACUCGAGCUCGAGUGAUGAAGAGGAGGGCAAGAUCUUGGGCCUCCUCCAAAUGAGAGAGAGAAUGCUAAAGGCGGAUCAUCACAACAAGAGACAAGAUACCGAUGCAAAGGGGCUGCACUUGAUCCACUCCCUCCUCAUCGCCGCCACCUCCGUCAACGAGAAAAACGCAACAUCCGGAGUCGAAAACCUCCGCCAACUCUACGAGCACGUCUCUUUGAGAGGCGACUCCGUUCAAAGAGUCGCUGCCUACUUCGCGGACGCCCUCCUCGCCCACCUCCUCACCCGAAAAUCCCCCUUCUACGACGCCAUAAUGAAGCCCCCCUCGCCCUCGGAGGCCUUCUCCGCCUUCACAUCUCUCUACAAAGCCUCACCAUUCUUCCAGUUUGCUCACUUCACAGCAAACCAAGCCAUUCUCGAAGCCUUCCAGAGAGAUGCAAGCAGUAGGGCUCUCCAUGUUGUCGAUUUCGACGUCUCCUACGGCUUCCAAUGGCCCUCCCUCAUGCAAUCCCUCUCAGAAAACGCCACCCCCACAAACAAGAUUUCCUUAAGGAUCACUGCCUUUGGCCCCCAUAUGGAGGAAAUUCAAGAAACUGAAUCAAGAUUGGUGAGCUUUGCUAAAGGCUUCUGCAAUCUCGUUUUCGAGUUCCAUGGCCUAGUUAGAGGAUCCAAGAAUGUGAAGGUGAAGAAGAGGAAGAAUGAGACGGUUGCUGUAAACUUAGUCUUCCAUCUCACCUCACUCAAAACUCUCUCCAAAAUCUCAGAAACUCUAAGCUAUGUCCACUCUCUCAAGCCGUCGGUUAUCGUUCUAGUCGAGCAAGAAGGAAAAUGUAGCAGCAACAAGUUUCUACCAAGAUUCAUGGAGUCACUGCACCAAUUUGCAGCCAUUUUUGACUCAUUGGAUGACUGCCUUCCAUUAGACAGCGCUGAGAGGCUGAGCAUUGAGAGGGAUCAUCUAGGGAGGGAGAUUAGGAGUGUCAUAAACUACGAUGGAGACGACGAAGAAUCUUGUCCAAGAUUUGAGAAGAUGGAGACAUGGAGUGGGAGGAUGGAGAGGAGGGGCUUUGUGGGUGUUGAGCAGAGCUGCAGGGCUGUGAUGCAGGCGAAGCUGCUGCUGAAAAUCAGAAGCCAUUGUUGCCCUAUCAAGUUUGAUGGAGAAAAUGGUGGUUUUAGAGUUUUUGAAAGAGAGAAUGGCAAAGCUAUCUCUCUAGGGUGGCAAGAUAGGAUUCUGAUCACAGCCUCUUCUUGGUGCUCUGCUGUAUCAUAAAAUUCUUGUAUGAAAUGACAUUCUUUAGUUCUUUUUCAUUUUCUUGUAAUUUCAUUUUGUGAUUCGUUUAAUUACUGUAUAUUCCGUAACCAAGAUGACAUUAUCAAUAUACACGUGUUCAUUGAU